AAAAAACUUGACCAAAAUAGUUGAAAAUUAGAUAUUGUUUUUCUUCUCCAUACAGAAGCUCUUGAGGAUCUCUCCACAAAGGUUUUUUUUUUCUUUGUUGUUUUCUUGACAACGAAAUUUCCAUGCAAAUCUUCAACCAAUUUGUUUCUCAAUGAAGAAGAUGGAAGAUGAUCAUCAGAAGAAGAACAUCAUCAUGUUUCUAAGUCUUGUUUUCAAGCUUUCAUCCAUCAUCUCUUGAUCAAACUCACAAUCUUUUCAAACACCAAAAUUAAUGUCUUUGGUGAAUCCCUCUGCUGGACGUGCAUUCAUAUGGAUCGUCACUUGCUUUCUCUUCUUCUCCAUUAUCAGCGGCGGCGGCUGUCUUUUGAUGUACAUGAUCCUCCCUGAGACCGAAACCACUGCCUGGCUACCCGUCGCCGGUUUGUCCUUGGUCUGUCUCCCUUGGUUCUUUUGGCUCUUAACUUUCUUCUACAGAGUCAUCUCUCGUGCAUGUGGUUUUAGAGUCUCCAUUGGUAUUGGCGUAGAUGUCGGGGCCGAUAACGCAAAUGCCAAUAAUAACAAUAAUAACAAUAAUGCAUCUGCUGAAUCCCCUCGACACGAUGGGGGAGAUCGAGUUGAUGAGGAGGACGACGACAAUGGUGAUCAAAGGCGAAGCAAUUCGUCAUCCAACAACUCGAUAGCGUCUCGUGAGAGUGAAAUGCCAUUAGCCAUAACAAUGGGGUCGUAAAGCUAACUAAAUAAUUGAGUUCCACUGAAGAAGGGUUUGGUUAUUCAAUAUGGAGGAAGAAUUUGAGUCGAAUGAAUCAAGAAAGUUGAAUGAAUCUCCUACUAGAAUUUGAGUCGUUUCCUCCAUUUAAAAAAGAACAUCGAUCUUUGUUGAUCUUUUUCAUGAGUGUAUAUAUGAUAGCAAUGUCGUCCAUGUGCGUUGGUCUGAAUGUAAGAAAAGAUCUAUCCUCGAUCGAGCAUCAAUGGUGGUCGAUAUACUUGCAAAUUCGACCUGUUUUUCUCAAAUGAUGCAUAUGACAGGAUUAUAGGAUAUAGCUAGAUGGUCAAUGGUUUUAAUUUCUUGUCUUCAAAGUCCCUGUAAUAGUUGAAAUUUUACUUGUUAAUUUAUAGUGAUUGCAUAUUUUAACCCAUAUACCAGUGCUUCUACUUUUGAAAUUAUGAUCUUUAACCACCCAAGUUUUGUUCUUAGAUACCAAAACAAAUUCCUUUUACAGCAUCAUUACUGAAUGCAUCUUUUUUCUUCUUCGCUGUAGAUAGUUUAGCUCGUCUCGAUUUUUCUAGUCGAGUCGAAACCAAAACCAACAUAAAUACAAGGGGGAUAUGCAAAAUCGAGCUGCCUCAAAAUAAUUGUGUUUAGUCAUGAGUUAAAUUGAGAAAAGGGAAUUUGAUCUAAUAACAACAAAUUUUAUUACUAAUUAAACAUAACUUCAAUUAAAAGAUCAUAUUUGAAAAGAAUGGGCGAUGGGGGUGGGAAAAUUACUAAAAACAAGCUAAAACAACAAAUUGAGACAAGCAAAAGCAUCGGGCUGGGAGAGGAUAGGUGGAAAAGACAUGAAAAAAAAUUGUGUCGCAUUGGCCCAUCUCAUUGAGUCAGGGAUAAGCCGCCACUGGAAUAGGAGGGUCAUCCCUAACCCCGAUGGCACUUGAAAAGCUGUUAGUAGGUCACCAGAAGGUUAUAUUUCAAUGGUUUGUUGGGGUGUGUCAUGAAUCAUAUAACCGCGACCGGUCAUCCGUCCAAAAUAAACUCGAAAAACAAUCCUAGUAGUUCAUCAUAAGAUAUAAUAAAAUCCAAACUUAUUCCUCUACUAACCCUGUCAUUAAACCAAUGGGAGUAACAUUG